AGUGCGGGGAGGGGAGCGAGCAGGAGCCGGGGAGGAGCGCGCACCUGGGACGCUAGUCUGGGAGGAACCCGUGGAAGGACUGUCCCGGCCCGAGCCUUCCUCUCCGCGCCGCCCGCCGGGGGCAGGGCUGGAAGCCGGAAGCAGGCGACUUGGGACUCGGCCGAGGGGAAGCCCGGGGCACGCCCUCGCUGCGCCCCCAGCUCGGGCGGCAGCCCUCCGCGAAGGGCCGGGGCCAUGCGGCCUCUGCGACACGGACAGCGCCUGUCCCCGGGGUCUCCUCUGGGGCCGCUUCUCCUGCUCCUCUUCCUGUUCCUGCGCGCGCUGGGCCUGGGUCGCGCCGCCCCGAGGCUCUUGGACCACCCGGCACCCGUGUGCUCCCAGCAGGGGCUAAACUGCACGGUCAAGAACAGUACCUGCCUGGAUGAUAGCUGGAUCCACCCUCGGAACCUGACCCCCUCAGCCCCCAAAGACCUGCAGACCCAGCUGCGUUUUGCCCAAACGCCACGUGGACACCUGCUGCCUGUGGUUCACAUCGAGUGGGCACUGCAGACAGAUGCCAGCAUCCUCUACCUGGAGGGUGCCGAGCUGUCUGUCCUGCAGCUGAGCACUAACGAGCGUCUGUGCGUCAAGUUUGAGUUUCUGUCCAAACUGAAGCAUCAUCACAAGCGGUGGCGUUUUGCCUUCAGCCACUUUGUGGUGGAGCCUGACCAGGAGUAUGAGGUGACCGUCCACCACCUGCCUAAGCCCAUCCCCGACGGAGACCCGAACCACCAGUCCAGAAACUUCCUGGUGCCUGACUGUGAUGACCCCAGGAUGAAGACCACCACGCCAUGUGUGAGCUCAGGCAGCCUGUGGGACCCCGACAUCACCGUGGAGACCCUGGAGGCCCACCAGCUGCAGCUGAGCUUCACCCCGUGGAACGAGUCUACCAACUACCAGAUCCUGCUGAGCAGUUUUCCACACACGGAGAACCAGAGCUGCUUCCAGUACAUCCUGGAUCUGCCCGCGGCGGCACAGGAAGCAUCCCAGCGGUGCUGCAACAUCACAAUCCCCCUGUUGCCCUCCAGCUGGUGCUGCCGCCACCAUGUGCAGAUCCAGCCCUUCUUCAGCAGCUGCCUCAACGACUGCCUCAGACACUCCGUGGCCGUGCCCUGCCCAAAGGUCCCACACACCCCAGACGCUGUUGAAGACCUCAUGCCCCUUUGGGUGUACGGGUUCAUCACAGGCCUCGCCGUCCUGCUGGUGGGUUCCGUCAUCCUGCUGAUCGUCUGCAUGACCCGGCACCUACCCGGGUCCCAUUGCAAAAAAUAUGAAAAUGGCACCAAAUGCACAGAUGUCCUGCCCGCCACCAGCCCGAGCCCCCCACCCCUGAAGCCCAAGAAGGUCUGGAUCGUCUACUCGGCAGACCACCCCCUCUACGUGGACGUGGUGCUGAAGUUCGCCCAGUUCCUGCUCACCGUCUGCGGCACUGAAGUGGCCCUCGACCUGCUGGAGGAACAGGUCAUCUCGGAGGUGGGGGUCAUGACCUGGGUGGGCCGCCAGAAGCAGGAGAUGGUGGCCAGCGACUCCAAGAUCAUCGUCCUGUGCUCGAGGGGCACCCGGGCCAAGUGGCAGGCCAUCCUCGGCUGGGAGGACGCCGCCGUCCAGCUGCGCUGUGACCGCGGGAAGCCCGCAGGGGACCUGUUCACGGCGGCCAUGAACAUGAUCCUGCCGGACUUCAAGAGGCCAGCCUGCUUUGGCACCUACAUCGUCUGCUACUUCAGCGACAUCAGCAGCGAGGGCGAUGUCCCCGACCUCUUCAACAUCACCUCCCGAUACGCGCUCAUGGACAAGUUCGAGGAGGUUUACUUCCGCAUUCAGGACCUGGAGAUGUUCGGGCCGGGCCGCAUGCACCGCGUCGGGGCGCUCACGGCCGAGAACUACCUGCAGAGCCCCAGCGGCCGGCAGCUCUGCGAGGCCGUGCAGCGCUUCCGCCGCUGGCAGGCCCGGCGCCCCGACUGGUUCGAGCUCGAGAACCUCCGGUCGGCAGAGGACCGGGACCUCUGGUCCCUGGACGAGGAGGCGUUCGAGGAGCCGCUGCCACCUCUGGGAGGGGGGAUCAUCCGACAGGAGCCCCUGGUGCGGGAACCCGCCUCUGAGGACCCUUUGAUGGUAGAGCUGCUUCUCUCGGAGGAAGGAGGGGGCCCAUGGAAGCUGGAGCCCCAGUCUCAGCCCUGGGGACAGCUGCUGGCAGCCCAGACACUCCAGACCUCAGUGGUCCCCAUGGAGACGGUCCCUCCCACGCAGACGGUGGAGCCCAUCCCUCGCGCUGUGGGGAGCGGCCCCGGCCGGCUGGCCCUGGUUGGGGCAGGUGAGGCCUGCCCGCUGCUGGCGGGCCAUGGCCCCUGGCGGAACAGUGUCCUCUUCCUGCCCGUGCACCCCGAGGACCCGCCUGCCCACAGCACCCCCACAUCAUCACCCACCCGGCCGCCGGAGUGGUCGAGAGGGCAGCUUGAUGGCUCAUUGCUCCCACUCCUCCAGCAGAGCACAAGCUGCAGGGCCCAGGACCUGCUCACACCACAUGGGGAGAAGCAGCGGCAGUCUGUGCAGUCUGACCAGGGCUACAUCUCCAGGGCAUCCCCACAGCUGCCUGACCCACUAGGGGAGGCGGAGGGGGAGGAGGAGCAGCCGCUGGCCCCUGAGGGCCUGGAGAGCCUACGGAGCCUCCAGCUACAGCUCUUCUUCCAGGAGCUUCUCAAGAACCCUGGCCUGGGGCUCCCUGAGGACCUAGCGGACUGAGGGUCCGGGGUGUCACUGCCGUGGCUCAGGUGCAGUCCCUGGCCUGGGACUUCUGCGUGCCUAGGACUCCACCACCUGGCCUGGGGCCGAGGGAGGCCACCUGGUAGGGACCUCCCAGACCCAAGGAGGUGAGCACACAUAACGUGUGCACAUGUGUGCUCGUGUGGAUAUGUACAUGUUGUGUGUGAGAUGUGUACCUUUAAAAUAUAGAUCUUGAUUCCA